AUGCGCCUCAUUGCCCAGGCGAUCGUACUGGGGCUGCUGGUGGUGCCACUUCUUUGCAGCGUUAUUCAGGCGCAGGAUGGCCUUCAAGGCAUGGCAGUCGACGAUGGCUUUGCGCCGCAAUGGUAUCCUGCCGAGGGGAUCUACAAGCGUCAGAACAACGUGCCCAAUUGCGGUCGAACUUCACAUUCGUGCCUGGACGUGAACGGUACCGUUUGUUGCGCAAACCACCAAUACUGCAUUGUAAACCACCUUGGAAACACAAGGUGUUGCCCACUGGGGAACUCGUGCAGGCAGGAAACGGAUUGCGGAUUCGACACCUAUGAGUGCAAUGCCACGACAACCAGAACGACAGGCACUGUCACGUCAACGUCUACAUAUUCUGCGUGCUGCCCAAGGGGAUGUUCGACCAGCUCUUUCCGAUGCCCCCAGGAAAUGGGUAAUGGCUGCUGCGCGUAUGGCGAACUUUGCGCAACAUCGGCCUGCUUAAAGUUCCCAACCUCUGUCUCCAACGGCUUCGUCCCACAGGCCACAACCGAAUGCUCCAGCAACCAGGUCUCGUGCCCGAGCUCCUUUGGAGGCGGCUGCUGCGAGCGCGGGCGGACCUGCACAGUCGUCGAUAGCAAUGCCUUGUGUGGAGUCGCCCCGCCAAAUAUCACCCCGACGGACGCGCCGAGUCCCUCCCCCGAGCUGGCCGAGGGCGGAGGCAUGAGCACGGCAGAAAAGACAGGGAUAGCGGUCGGGGUGGUAAUCGGAGCGGCAAUCAUAAUCGGCGUCAUCACCUGGAUGUGCAUCCGCAAGCGUAGGCGCGGGACCACCGUCACCCAAACCAUGAGCCAGACCGCCACCAGCCGGCGCUCGGGCCGCAACUCGAUCCCGCUCAUCAUCGGCGGCGGCGGCCACGGGCAGCACAGCAUCACAGGCGCCGGGAGCGACCGCGGCGCCAUGUCCGUCUCGGCGUCAGAGGGUGGCGGUCGGGGCAUCGGGUCGACGGCCGACUACUUUGGCCCGGACGCCGUUAUGGGACCGUACACGGAUACCGACGUCGGCAGCCUGCAGACGCGGCGCACCACGCCCGGUCACGACAGAGGGGUUCCGCUCGACCCCAUGAGCCCCAGCCACAUCGUCGCGCCGGUCGAGCUUGAUCCCGAUAGUAACCGGAGCAGAAGCGCGAGUGCCAGCAACUUGUCGGGCAUGUCCCCGGGGUCGCGACAGUCAUACCUGGAUGCGAGGAGCCAGCUGCACCUCACGACGCCUCCGAUAGCCGAAUCAACUGAGGGAAGGUAUGAAUUGUAUGGCUCUACGCAUGGGCCUGCCCAGCUUGGACCUGAUGGUCCCCCACAGGAGACGCCUUACGAAGCCUACCUGACGCCACUGGAAACCCCGGGCAACUACGCGGGACAGGGCCCGCUUGAGCAUCAACAGGGAGGUCAGAGACAAGAGAAGGGCCAAGGCCAAUUUCCAUAG